AUGGCCGAACCCCCCCUCGCACCCCCAAUCUCCCCUCCACCCGCACCUCCGACCUCCCUCCCCCUCCAUAACCCCCCACCACCCUUCCACCUCUCAACCCUCACCCCCGUAACCCAAGGCGCCGAAGCCCUCCUCUACACAACCCCCUUCCUCCUCCCCUCUAGUCCCGCAAUCCUCAAAUACCGGCCCCCAAAACCAUACCGGCACCCAACCCUCGACCGGCGCCUUACACGCCAACGCCUCUUGGCCGAAGCACGGAGUUUACUGCGCGUGAAGAAGGAAGGGGUGAAUGUGCCUGGUGUGCUAGGUGUGGAUCCCGAUGAGGGGUGGCUAGUGCUUGAGUUUGUGGGGGGCGCGACGGUGAGGGGGGUGCUUGAUGGGUGGGCGAGGCGAGCUCACGAAGCACAGGGUGAAGCGAAGGAAGAGGAACAAGAUAUGAUAAAUCUCAUGGCACGGAUAGGCAGGGAAAUCGGUAAAUUACACGCCGUCGGUGUUUGUCAUGGGGAUUUGACGACGAGUAAUAUCAUGGUUCGGUCACCAUUGUCCCCUUCCUCAUCACCAUCGUCGUCGUUGUCGGAAAAAGAGAAAGGAGAAGAAGAGGAGGAGGAGGAGGAGGAGGCAAAGAGGUUAAUACGCCACGGCACCAUCUACCUCAUCGACUUCGGCCUCACCAGCGCGUCAAUAGCAGACGAGGACAAAGCAGUGGAUUUGUACGUGUUAGAGCGUGCAUUUAGUGCUACGCAUCCUGCUGCGGAGCCCUUGUUCAAGGAGGUGCUUAGGGCAUAUGGCGAGACGGGAAAAGGAGCAAAGAGUGUGUUGAAGAGGCUAGAGGGAGUAAGGUUGAGGGGGCGGAAGAGGAGUAUGCUUGGGUGA